AUGGAGCAUGGCACCGACAAAUCCUCGGCAGACGCCGUCCUAGAGCAUCUGGGGUAUACUCCAGAACUCUCCCGCAACCGUUCAGUCCUGCAGGUCGCCUUUAUGUGCUUUAUCCUGUCCUCCGUCCCCUACGGUCUGGCUACCACCUUGUUCUACCCGCUCGCCGGAGGAGGCCCCUCCAACAUCGUCUGGGGCUGGAUCAUCGUCUCCCUCAUUAUCCUGUGUGUAGCCAUCUCGCUGGCCGAGAUCACCUCCGUCUAUCCCACUGCCGGAGGCGUCUACUACCAAACCUUUGCCCUCUCGCCCCCCUGGUGCCGCCGCGCCGCCGCCUGGAUCUGCGGGUGGUCCUACGUCCUCGGCAACAUCACCAUCACCCUGGCUGUAAACUUCGGCACCGCCCUGUUCUUCGUCGCCUGUCUCAACGUCUUCGAAUCCUCGCCCGGUGUCGGUAUUGUAGAUGGCCUGCAGACCUACCAGAUCUACCUCAUCUUCCUCGCCAUCACCCUGUUGACCCAUGCGAUCUCUUCCCUAGGCAACAAAUGGCUCCCCCUUUUGGAGACUUCUGCCAUCUUCUUGACCCUGAUCGGCCUGAUUGCCCUGAUCGUCAGCGUCCUCGUUGUUGCCAAACAUGGCAGACACUCUGGUAAGUGGGUCUUCACCGACUUCGAGCCCCAGUCCGGCUGGCCCGCCGGCUGGUCUUUCUGUAUCGGUUUGUUGCAGGCCGCAUACGCCACCUCGGCCACUGGCAUGAUCAUCUCCAUGUGCGAGGAAGUCCGCGAGCCUGCCGUUCAGGUGCCCAAAGCCAUGGUGUGGACUAUCGUCCUGAACUUCGUCGCCGGUUUGGGCUUCUUGCUGCCCCUGACCUUUGUCCUGCCCGAUAUCACCAUGCUGGUGAACCUGGCCUCCGGUCAGCCCACCCCCGUGAUCCUGAAAGAUGCCCUCGGCAGCUCGACCGGAGCGUUUCUGUUGCUGCUCCCUCUCUUCAUUCUCGGCAUCAUUUGCGGUGUGGGUUGUGUGACGGCCGCCUCCCGCUGCACCUGGGCGUUUGCGCGUGACGGCGGCAUUCCCGGCUCCAAGUUGUGGAAGACCGUCAACACCACCUUGGACAUUCCCCUCAACGCGAUGAUGCUGGGGAUGGGGGUCGAGAUCGCGCUGGGUGCAAUCUACUUUGGCUCGACCGCCGCGUUCAACGCCUUCUCCGGGGUCGGUGUCAUUUUCCUGACUCUCAGCUACGCUUGUCCCAUCGGGGUCUCGUUCUUCUUCCGUCGUCGCGCGGAUAUCACCAAUGCCAGGUUCAACAUGGGGAUCAUCGGCAGCAUCUGCAAUGUGGUUGCGCUGGGUAAGUCGCUCGCAUCCGGUCGGAAACCGACUACUGACGGGCCUACAGCAUGGAGUCUUCUGGCCAUCCCUCUGUUCUGCAUGCCCUCCUACAAGGUCGUCACCCUCGAGACCAUGAACUACGCCUGUGUCGUCUUCGUUGGAUUUACGGCUAUUGCGGCUCUCUGGUACUGGGUCUGGGGUUACCGCAACUAUGCCGGACCCCCCAAGGAGGGUAUCGAUGGUGUGGUGGCUGAUUUCCCCGAAAUGCCCGCAAAGACUGGGUAA